AUUAACAUUUAUACUAAUAUUUUAAGCUUCUCGUGCAUAAUAACGUGGGAGUUUAAUAUAUAUGAAUAUAACUUAUGCAGGUCCGGACCGGUCCCAGAGCAUCAUGUCACUUAUGAUCCCAUCCACUUAUCUUAUAGAUUAUAAAAUAGAAGGCUUGCAUAGAAGAAGCAUAACAUGUACUACAAUCUACAAACUUGAAUAAAAAAAAAAUUUCAAGGAGCUUUGAAGAUCCAUGGCGAUGUCUCAUGUCCAGCCCAUGCUUCUCAUCCUCGCAUCACUCUUCUUCUUACCAACUUUGCUUAACGCCAUCGAUUUCGAAUACUGCGCCAAAAAUGGAAACGAUUACGGUACCGUCACUCGCAUUGAGGUCUCUCCGUCUGUUGGGUCUCACGGAAACCCAACCAUCAAUAUAAAUUUAUUCGGUUCCGCAAGCAAAAACAUCUCCCCUGGAACCCUUGUGUACGUAGCCUUUAGAUCUGGGGAUUUUACUGGCCUUUUAAAAACUUACAAUCUUUGUGAUGUGAGUACAUGUAACACUGAAUCUGAGAUUGAAGCUGGCACCAACUUUGAGUUAACUCUUUCCGACGUUCUUUAUGUUGGUUUUGAUGAGGAAAUCAAGUAUUCGGUAUCUUUGCGCCAAAAGACCUUAGAGGAGGAGGAUCCAAUAAUAAAAAUGUGUGUCGACUUCAAAGUACCUGCCCCAGCUCUUGCAUUGGUCUCUAUGUAUUCAAGUUGGCAGAUGAAAAAAUGGUUCCAAGUCUUUGAUUAUAUGAGUCUCUCUAGCAACUUGCAUUUCCUUUUCCCUUUAUAUGUGAUGUGUUGCCCAACAAAUAAAUUAAAAUCUUGGCUUGGUUAGUAUGAAUCAGCAUGUCUUUUCUUUGAUUUACUAUUAAUCAAAAAUAAAGUUUAACC